ACGCGAGCGAUUCGGAGCCGGGAGAAGCGGAGCGGGCUCGGCGCGCGCCACACGCUCGCGCGGAGACACCGCGUCGCGCGUCGCGGGCGCCGCUCACACCGCGUCCGCGCCGCCCGCGUUCGCCCGAGCGAAGUAGCGCGACGCGGCGUUUAAAAGCGCAGACUAAAUCACAAGUGUGAAGUUUUGGGGAUUAGACAGACAUCGGCGUUUAUUUUUUCCGCCCUCCGCUGUUUGAGAACGGGGCUACGUGCACGGCCGGAGCCGCUCUCCUAAAUAACUUUCCCACAAUGAGAAGUUCUCGCGUGUCAGCCUGAAUAAAACUUGCCGCGAUAACUGCAGGCGGGAGGUUAAUAGAUGGCUUGUCAUUGCGCUCUUAGUGGGACAACUGCUGGCAAGUAAUCUAUUUUAAAAGUAAAGGGAGGGGGCAUCACGCUGCUCCAGCCUCGUCCUCUAAUGGGCGGCAUGAAGAAUGUGUGUUUUAUGUCAUCCACGCUCUCCCACAUGCUUCCUAUUUCCUCGCGUCGACUCGCGGAAGAAGUGACAGGCUCCGGUCGUGUCCGUGUGGCGUUCGCGGCCCCGUUCAUUGGCUUUUGUUUUGUUUUUUUUUUCCUCUCGUGGGUGCUUUUUUUGAUGCCAUUGUACUUGCGCGCUCCGCCGCACAGUGCGUGACGCGCGUUAUUCUUAAUUACACGGCCUCAGCGAACGCGCGAGGAGACGACGAGACACCAUGCGUCUUAAAGUUGUGAAAUGCGAUAGCUGAGGGGGGGAGAAAGUGCCUGUAAUGAGAAGCAACCUUUGGAAUUCCUCCUCGUGAAAAUUCCGAUUCUGCUGUUUUCCCUCUCCUCUUGUUUUUAGGCUUGAAGACAUGAUCACUAGCGCCAGUAUUUAUGGUCUAAAGAUGCAGUGGACCCCAGAGCACCCUCAAUGGGCAGAACAACACUUUGACAUCUCAUCCACUACCCGCUCGCCAGCACACAAAGUGGAGGCCUACCGGGGGCACUUGCAGCGAACAUACCAGUACGCAUGGGCAAACGAUGACAUCUCUGCACUGACUGCCUCCAAUCUGCUGAAGAAAUAUGCAGAGAAGUACUCUGGGAUCUUAGAGGGCCCAAAUGAACGCGCUCUGCUGUGCUCCUACUCCGAUAGCACCGGUGGACUCAUGAAUGGACGCAAGUCGGAGAAUGAGUCCUGGCAGGAGGGGAUUUACCCAAUGAACUGUGCUCCAGAUGUUAUAUCGGUGAGCAAAGCUGGAAUGACAGCUGCCCUACCCCCUACAGAUGUGUCAGCUAGCAUAGGCAGCUCCCCGGGGGUGGCUAGCAGCUUGUCUGAGCCUAGCUAUUCCAGCAGUAACUGUGGGAGCCACACAGCCACUACUCUCUCGGGCCUCCCCUCUCAGGAAUAUACAGCCAGCUACAACGGCUCCUACUUACAUUCAAGCUACAGCGGCCAGAAUACCCCAGCCCUUCCCUCCCCACACCCGUCUCCUCUGCACAGCGCUGGGCUUUUACAGCCACAAGCCCCGCCUCCUCCCCCCACCUUAGUGCCGAGCUACAACACUGGGUCUCCAAACCUACCCAGCUACAAUUAUCCUCCAACAGGGUAUUCUUCUCAGGCUGCUGUUGGACCUGGCUAUACCCCCGGGGGAGCACCCCCACCCUCUGCUUAUCUGCCAUCCGGUAUUGCAGCUCCUACGCCGAUCCCUCCAUCCACACUGUCUGGCUACACGUACCAAUCUCAUAACCAUACACCCAUAGCACCAACACCUUUGAAUGGCAGCACAUCCAGUUCAUUAAAACGGAAAGCUUUUUACAUGAGUGGACCUGUAGAUAUGGACUCUAGUUAUGGAAAUUUCAACUACAACCAACAGCGCUCCUCCCAGAGCCCGAUGUACAGAAUUACGGACAGCAGUGUCUCAGACUCAAACAGGGCCAGCGGCUUUGACAGGAACUCGGAGGCUUCGGCUUUAGCGUUUAAGCCAACCAAACAGUCGAUGUCCUCUGAUCAGCAAAGAAAAUUUAGCAUUCACUCCGGCAGAGCACUAACUCCUCCAUCCUAUGGAUCAACCAAAAGCUCUGUGGGUGACCUCCGAACUGGUGAGGCCUACAGCAAGUUUGGCUCCCCCAUCAUGGGAGAGCAAACCGAAGAGCAUAGACAGCACCACUCGCACUCCCUAACGGGGCCUGACAUCGGUACGGCUACCUCGUCUGUCCAUGCUGCGGAGGAACAGCUGAAGAACAGCGACUCCACCCUGGUGGAGAUGAUAACCACGGAAAUCCUUCAGCAAGGCCCUCCAGUGGACUGGGGCGACAUCGCGGGUCUGGAUAUGGCCAAAGCAGCCAUCAAAGAGGAGAUACUAUGGCCCAUUUUACGGCCUGAUAUGUUCAGUGGACUUGCAACAUUACCUCGGAGCCUCCUCCUGUUUGGACCUCAGGGAACUGGGAGAACGCUGCUGGCCCGCUGCAUGGCCAGUCAACUGGGCGCUGCCUUCCUGCGACUCAGCAGCUCGGCUUUGGUGACCAAGUGGCUCGGCGAAGGCGACAAGAUCAUCCAGGCGUCCUUCCUGGUGGCUCGGUGUCGCCAGCCGGCAGUCGUGUUCAUCAGCGAGGUGGACCUGCUGCUCUCAGCCCAGCUCAGCGAGGAGAGUCCAGUGAAUCGCCUCAAGGCCGAGCUCCUCAUGCAGCUCGACAGUAUCCUGAGCGCCGCCGAGGACCAUGUCAUCGUGGUCUGCUCCACCAAUAAGCCUGAAGAAAUCCCUGAGUCUUUACGGAGGUACUUCACCAAGCGGCUGCUCAUCCCCUUGCCUGAUGGGUCAGCACGGCACCAGAUGAUCAGUCAGCUGCUCCCACAGAACAACUAUUGUCUCAGCGACAAAGAGAUGUCGCUGCUGGUUCAGAGGACAGAGGGCUUUUCGGGACUGGAUGUGGUGCAGCUGUGUCAGGAGGCUGUAGUCGGUCCUCUCCACGGCAUUCCGGGGACGGAUCUCUCAAAUAUCCACCCCAGUCAGAUGAGACCGGUCUCCUACCAAGACUUUGACAAUGUGUUUUGCAAAUUUCAGCCAAGCAUAUCACAAAAAGAACUUGACAUGUACACUGAGUGGAAUAAAAUGUUCGGUUGUAUUCAGUGAAAUAAACCCAUCAAACACCAUUUCUUUAAACUCAGCGGUUGAAUACUGGAUUAGAAGAAUGUGUUUGGCCUUCAAGGAACAAAAAACAAGAAACCAGAAAGUGUUAUAUAUACGGCAAAAGGAUUGUCCUUGAAUGCUUUAGACAGGCGAUGGCAGUCUGUCAUCCUACACUGGUAAAAAUGAAUUAAUUGCUUUAUAUGGCUGAAGCUCACUGGAACUAGAACAACUUAUAGCUCAUCCCUUCAUUAAUGUGGUAUAUACACACACACUAUUCUGCUGAUCUUCAGAUUUCGUUGCUAUCAAGUGCCUGAGGUGGUGCUGUUUAAAUUGUUUUUCUUUUGCUUCAUGGUCUUCAUUGGUGACUUAUGGAAAAAAAGGUUCAAAAUAACACAAAAAUGUUGCUUUGUAUUCUUUGCUGUGUCUGCUCUGUACUGUCUGUGAACAGCUGGGUUUAAUUCAAGCUCCCUUAACGUAUAGUUGGCAUUGUUUAUGACCUUACGUGUGUAAAUCUCUUCAUCACAUUUUCCAACCAACUUUACUCUCGACUACAGUGAAAUCACAAAACACAACUUCUAUUUCACAAUGUAACUUUAAAUUAAACGACAAAUUCACAGUAAAAUAUGACAUAUCAACAUAAUAUUCGACCAUUUGUUUUGUUUUGACAUUCUCUGUCUGAAAACUCAGGAAAGGACUAAUGAUGUGUGUAGUACCUCUGGCUUUUUUCCAAGCACUCUGCAGAACAAGAAUUGUUUGGCUUGCAUUCCAAAUUUCAUCAUCAAACCCUAUAAAGCUCUAUAUUACCUCGAAUAAGAAACUCUAAACAAUGAAUGUAUCAGAAUAAUCCUGGUUUAAUUUUAAGACACAAACCAUUUGUUUGAGGUUCUCUAUGACCGGAUGCAUUUGAAAUAUAACCUUGCAUUAUGAUUAGAGAUUUGCCUUUGAAAAGAAUUAGACCGCUGCGUAUCUUGAACUGCAGCCUUGAGGCCCUUUCUGUUGGAGCGCAGUCUUAUUUUCUGCCGGUUAUCACGUGGUAGAUCUUCAUCUUCAUAUUGCAUUGCGUGCGGCGAUGCUGGGUUUUUUUUUUGUUUUUUUUAGUUAGCUGUUCGCUGACAACUGUUAAGCUGGUGGUGAUGUCGAGCUGAGAGGAUUCUGAAAGGUGCCGACAAACAUCUCGGGGUUGAAGGAGACAAGCGCCCUGAGCGAUUUUAUUUCAUCCUGCUGCUGUUUUAUCAUUAAUGAAACCUAAGGAUUAUGUAUAGCCUAAGUUCCUUUCUACCUCAGUUAUCUCUGAAAGACAAAUUCACAGAGACAGCAAAAUGUCAGCACCCAUUUCUGCUUAUUUGAUGAGGAAGCCUUUUGAGAGAACACUAAACAGUUGUUGUGCGCUAAAUCUAUUAGCUUUACAUUUUGAGAGAGCCCUGCGUCUCACCACAUAAUGCACUUAAAGGGGAAUACCACUUAAUAUGAGCUCUGUUCACUCCUUCUUUGUCUUGGGACAAUUUGAUUUGUAUUGACACCUGCCAGAGUCUGUGCACUUGACUGGAACAUCUACUGUAAAUGUGUUUACAGCGAUGUUGUGUGCAUAUUAUUCCGGCUUUAAUCCAGAUUGUCUGUCUUUAUUUGACGCUACAGCUGUAACCUUUGAGAAUUGAGUGGCAUUCCUUUUUAAGCCUGUUUUGUUCUCGUUCGUCUGUUUUGUCAGUCUCACGUCUGAGCCGUUGCAGUGUUGUCGAUCUCCACUUGCUGUCCUUACCUUUCCAUGCAGCGUCUCUGAGAGUGAAAGAUCAUGUCUGACAGCCGUGUUGGUAGGAGUAACUCAACGUGUUGAAUGUAUUACGUCAUCGGAGCAGUAAGGAAAUCUAAGCACUUGCACAUUUAAAAAUGCCACUGAAGCAGACAGCACUGUAGGUGUAGGUGUAAAAUACUGCAGAGGCACCAAAGGACCUUGUGUUUGUUUUCAAAGCAGGUUCUUAUGUAUUUGUUGCCUAUUGCACAUCUUUACCCAGUUAUUUUGUCAUUAUACAGUGUGCAUACUAAUCACUGCCACUUUGUGUGAUAACAUUGACUCUUCCAGACCCAUGUCAGGAUGUUUACAUAGCAUCUGUGACAGCAACAGAGAAACUACACAUUAGCAAGGAGAGCUAAACAGUGAUAUGAGCCAAUUAGCCAUGGGGUGAUUGGCACAGGUUAAAGUACCUGCUGUACAUGAGCAGUAUCUGAAUAGACACCAGUGUAGAAUAUGAAUGCCCAUUUAUUUGUUUGUGUGUUGUUCCGUUGUUCUUGUGCCACUUAAUGUUUACAUCCUCAAGAUUUAUAGUCAUCAAUAACUACGUUUGACUUCUGAUAAAUAAUAAAUAAACCAAAUUAUCGAUUAAUAUGGCAAAAAACAUCCACUGUAUAUAAAAUUGAGGAAACAAAGGAAAAGUACAAACUUGUGAUAACUACAGUGUACAUUUUGUGUCAUUAUCCAUUGCACUUUCAGGUAUUUAUUAACCUUUUUUUUCUUGAAGCCAAAGUCAAACAUGCUCCUUACAAAUAUGAUGAACACGCGAUUGAAGAAUUUGUGAAUUUCAUUAUUCUUAACGUCACAAUUUUCACCUCUGGUUAUUUGAAAUUGGGAAUUUUCCAGCAUCCUCAGUGAGCAUUGUUAUGUAUCGUAUCACAAAAUGUCAAAUGUUCUUUUGAAGUAUUUGUGAAGCUUUUGUAUUUUUUCAGUUUUACCUUCAAGAGUUUGUGAACAAUCUAAUUUGUUUAUAUGUCAAAAAAAAUGCAACACAUACUGUAUAAUAACCGCAAAUGCCAUGUAGUGCAUUGUCAUGUUGGAAUAUAGUUGGCCGUGUUUUUCUGCUCAUGUGAAGAAGUAACUGCGCUCAUUGCAAGGUUUUUGACAAGGAGGCGGUAAGACGACCUAAGUGCCAUUUACAAGCACAGAUUUCAUGAGUUUAAGAGUCUGACUGUUCAUGAACUUAUGGAGUGACCUAUGUUAAAAAGGGGAAAUGUUCCACUUAGAUGAAGUAGUACUUGUAAUCACUUAAACAACUCCAAAUCUCUUCAUUCUACUGUCUCCCAAACAGUGCAAUAGAACGUGGAGGAACACAAGGCACAUUUCUAUUCUUUUAAACGUAAUCGCGGCCAGACAUCAAAGCGGCUUAAGGACAGAUCCACUAUGCGGAAAACAAUUAUACAUUUACCCAGAUAAGGUGUUUAUUUCACAUGAUGUAGAUGGUAUCAUUCAAACGAGUCGUUUAUUAUUGAGGAUGAUGUGAUGAAACAGCCUAGAGUCCGAAAGCAACACUUUGAUAAGCACACGGAGUCUCGCAGUGAUGCCAACUCAGUCACUUGAACUGCUCUUUUUUCAAAAUCUGUCAUUACGUUUGCUGAGAUCUGCUUAAGGUUUUGAAUCCAUCCUUGUGUGUUUUGUUCUUUUUUUUGUGUCUGGCGUUCUUUAUAACCAUUUCUACCUCAUUACUACAUAUUGUACAUGUAGUACUUAUGUCAUGUCAUUUUGAAUGUCAUGCGUUUGUGGAUAAAAAAUUUAAAUGAAAAGAAAAAAAAACGACAACAACAAAAAAAAACCUUGCCCUUGAAUCUGAGCAGUCUACCUCAAAAAGACUGUCUUUACACUGUCAAGUACAACAAGUACACAGAAAAAAAAAUAAGGCACCUUGAGGGCAAAGAUGUUAACCUGCACAUAAUGACGUACAGUUUAUUUGCAGUACCACACUUUCACCGAGUCGUUGUGGCCGUUUCCUACGGCCCCCAAAUGCAACUCCAUUUGCUAAAACGUAACUAAUUGCUUUAAUACUUCGUGAAUCGUUGUAGUGCGCAUGUUAACGUGUAUGUAUGUGCACUUGCAGCUCUACAUGCAAGUAUGAGGGGGUAUCAGAUAUGAAACAUUUGAAUUUUCACUUUUCAUAUACAUGUACAGAGAAUAAAGUUGCACAUAGCUGUAUGUAUUGUACAUUUGCUAAUGAUAUACAGCGUACAUACAAAUGCACCACAUACAUGUUUAUAUGUGUGUAUGUAUUGCCAUACUUACAGUACAGUCGAUUUAAAUGUAUUUUAAUUUCAAGGUACAUAAAGGUUAUUGACAUACUGAAUAAAGAUGUUUUCUUUUUUUCCUGAA